AUGUUGCAAUUUUUCUCAGGCCUGUUGAGAUCAAGUUUCCUCUUCAGGCCCCCAAAAUGUCUCACACUGCCUCAUCAACUUCAUCUCAAGAGGCUGAAAACAAGAUUAAAAAUCCAGUUAUCUUUGUCAGACGACUACCCACAUUCCAUAAUGGACUACCAAACUGAGAACAAAGAAAAUAUUUAUUGUAACAUACACACUUGUGAAAAAGAGUAUCUUAAUGCUAUUGACUAUAUCAUCAAACAUGGAAGUCGACGAUCAAAUCGUACUGGAACUGACACCUUGUCUGUGUUUGGCAUGCAAAUGCGGUAUAAUAUACGAGAAGCAUUUCCUCUGUUCACCACCAAAAGAGUCUUUUGGAGGGGCAUCUUGGAAGAGAUGCUUUGGUUCAUCCGUGGUUCCACAAAUAGCAAUGAAUUGAAGGAUAAAAAUGUGCACAUUUGGGACGCCAAUGGAUCUAGAAGUUUUCUGGACAAUCUCGGAUUUUUUGAGCGUGAGGAAGGUGAUCUUGGCCCUGUUUAUGGUUUUCAAUGGCGCCAUUUUGGAGCCGAAUACACCGAUUUCAAAUCUGAAUAUGGAAAGACUGGUGUUGACCAACUUCAUAACGUCAUUGAUCUCAUCAAAAACAAUCCAAAUGAUCGGCGGAUAAUCAUGUCUGCAUGGAAUCCAAUGGAUUUACCAAAAAUGGCUUUACCGCCAUGUCAUGUCAUGUGUCAGUUUUAUGUCAAUAAUGGAGAACUUUCCUGCCAAAUGUAUCAACGAUCAGCUGAUAUGGGCCUUGGAGUUCCGUUUAAUGUUGCCAGUUAUUCCUUACUUACUUACAUGAUUGCACAUAUCACUGACCUGAAGCCUGGCGAUUUCAUCCAUACUUUAGGGGAUGCCCAUGUCUAUGUUAAUCAUAUAGAGCCCUUAAAAAUACAGCUUCAACGUGCCUUACACCCUCUUCCAACCCUGAAAAUCAACAGAAAAGUGACUGACAUCGAUGAUUUUAAAAUUAAUGAUUUUGAGAUUAUAAACUACAAACCACAUGGCAAAAUCCAAAUGGAUAUGGCUGUCUGA